AUGAAGUUCUCAAUGGUCGCCGCAUUCGCAUUUUGCACUGCAGUCGCAUCUGCUGAUGAUCUCAACGUCCCAUCCGUGAUCUCUGCCUUCUACCCCGACGAGACCCCCAAAAUCGACGCCAAAGCCUCCACCUCCCUCGCCAGCGCCCUCCACUCCGUGGAAUCCACCUGGGAAAACAGCAACAAGUACACCUCUGCCAUCGCCGCUAUCUACAGCGCCGCACCCACCGCUGCGCAAGCCUCGAUCUCGAAAUCAGGAUACGAGUAUGACGCUUUGACGACGGAGAGCUGGUACACGAAGGAUGUGCCGAAGGCGAUCCAGACGGAUGUUGCGGAUUAUAGGAAGGCGAUUAAUAGUGCGGCGGCGAAGAUCGUGGGAACCCCGAGUACGAGUUCGUCGGGGUGUAUGAAGACAGGGGUGCCGAUGGUGGUGGGUGCUAUGGGUGUUGUGGGGGGUGUUUGGGCUGCUAUGUGA